CAAAAAAAGUUUGAAAGGGCAAACUACAACCUACUACUACUUAAAUGUUAAACUACUAAAUCUGGCCCGCCAAACUGGAAUAGAUUAUAUUGAAAAUUGUUGUUAAGGUUUUAUUUUCCCUGUAAUUCUGGAGUCUCCCCAUAGAUGGUGCUCUGCAUAUACACUAACCUUUCUUUAGAGCAGUGGUUCUUAACCUGGGUUCGAUCGAACCCCAGGGGUUCGAUGGGUUGAUCUCAGGGGUUCGGCAGUAGGGUUGGGCACCGAAGUUCGGUUCCAAGUAGGAACCGUUAUGAUUUAUGUGGUUCUGCCAAAACCGAAAGAAGCUGCUGCAAACGGUGCAGCAUGUUGGUGUCAAAUUUUUGAUACCAUUUGUUACGACAUAUCUUUGUGAGCAAUCCUUUUCGAGGAUGCUGGACAUAAAAAAAAGAAAAGGAACAGACUUUGCCGUGAAAAUGACAUGAGAGUGGCCCUCGCCAAGGUGAAACCACGCAUAUCUGAACUGGUCUCUCAAAGCAGAAGUCACACUGAUUUGCAGCAAUGGAGGAGCUGGUGAGCGAGCUUCGCCUGUUUCUGGACUUGCUGGAUAGGGAGUACCUGAGCGCCGCCGUCCGAGAAAAGAAGACACACCUGUCUAACAUCCUGAACAGAGUCCUCAGUGACAGAGGCGAAGCUACAACUACAGAGCCUUCGUUCAAGUCAGAGAUCCACAGUGGUCUUCCAGCCCCACCUCUGAUGCCCCUCCCAGAGAUCCCCCAUCCAUGGCUGGCUCCUAGCAGUGCCCCCCCUCCUCUGCCCAGCUCCUCUCUUCCAGAAGGUUACUAUGAAGAGGCUGUCCCUCUCAGUCCAGGGAAGGCACCCGAGUAUAUCACCUCCAACUAUGAUUCGGAUGCCAUGAGUAGCUCCUAUGAGUCAUAUGAUGAGGAAGAAGAAGACGGAAAAGGGCAGAAGAUGCGUCACCAGUGGCCUUCUGAGGAAGCAUCCAUGGAUCUGGUUAAGGAUGCUCGCAUUUGUGCCUUUCUGCUGCGCAAGAAACGCUUCGGCCAAUGGACCAAACUCCUGUGUGUCAUUAAAGACAACAAACUACUGUGUUACAAAUCCUCUAAAGACCAAACCCCCCAGAUGGAGCUCAUCUUGUCAGGAUGCAGCAUUACUCACGUUCCUAAAGAUGGCAAGAAGAAGAAGCAUGAACUGAAGAUUGUCCAUCAGGGGGCAGAUGCUCUGGUGCUGGCUGUGCAGAGCAAAGAACAAGCUGAGGAAUGGCUGAAGGUGAUGAGAGAGGUGUGUGUUAAUGGAAGCGCAGAGAUAGAUGGAUCUGCAUCUGGAUUGGCUGUGCACAAGCCUGAACUAGAGAAGAGAACAUCAUGUGACAGACCAAAUUCAGACGGUGAAGCAGCCUCUGAGAACGGUCACAGUGAGUGCAAAGAUCUGGGCAAAGCAAAGAAGAACUCAAAGUCCGAACACAAAACUGGGACUGUGGGGAAGGGAGCUGGCAAGAAGAUUACAAAGAUCAUUGGUUUGGGGAAGAAGAAGCCGUCCAUGGAUGAGCAGACAUCUUCAGCAGAAGAAGACGUUCCUACCAGUGGUUACCUGAACGUGUUGUCCAACAAUCGCUGGCGGGAGCGCUGGUGCCGCCUGAAGGACAACCAGCUGCUCCUCCACAAAGACCGAGAUGACCUGAAGAGCCAUAUUGCCUCGCUUCCCCUCCAAGGUUGCGAGGUGAGCCCAGGUCUCAACCACAAGCACCGCUUUGCUUUCCGCCUGCUUCGCAACGGACAGGAGGUGGCCGUGCUGGAGGCAUCCUCUUCUGAAGAGAUGGGUCAUUGGCUGGGGGUUCUGUUGGCUGAGACUGGGUCCACCACUGACCCGGCCACCCUGCACUAUGACUACAUUGAUGUGGAGACCACCGCCAAUGUCAUCCAGCUGGCUAAGCAGUCAUUCUGUUUUACCAGUAAGCGUGCCAUCUCUCCUAACCCGUACCUGGACAACCCGGUCAACAGCUACGCCUACCCGUCUGGUCUGGCUCUGCACUAUGACGACGUGCCCAUAAAUGGAAUGCUGGAGGCGCGGUACUCCAGUCCCAUCACAAGAGAGGAGGCACAGCAUGGGAAUGCUGACCUCUAUGAGAAUGUGCCCUCUUCUGAACCAACCAGCCGCCAUCGUCUGCAGCCUUCCUCUGCCUCCUCUUCCUCUGUUGCUGCUCACUACAAGACCCCUCUAACUAAAGUUUCCUCUAAGUUCCUCUCAGCCGAUUGUUCAUCUAAAGACUCCUCCAGUCAGCUGAAGGGAAAGAAGGGACUGGCAGCCAACGGAGUGGCUUCCAAACUCAAGUCAGAGCCCAAGAACAAGAAGAAUGGAGUCAUGGGGGCCACCGGGGCGGCACCUGUGAAACGCAACAACUCCAAUGCAGAGCAGUGUAAGUACGGCAAGAACCGCGUGGAAGCUGAUGCCAAGAGACUGCAGACCAAAGAAGAAGAGCUGCUGAAAAAGAAGGAGAUCAUCAAGAGCCAUCUCACCCAGCUGAAGAAGGAAAGGAAAGAUUUGCGCACUGCUGUGGAGGCUGCUAGUGGAAAACCUUUACAUGCCUCCCUGUCUGAGCAACUGAAGAAAUUAGAGGACAAAUGCAAGAAGAAGGAGGACGAAUGGGUCAACCUAGAGCUGGAGCUGACAGAGGUGAAGGAGAGCCUAAAGAAAGCCCUGAGUGGAGGUGUGAGCCUGGGCCUCACCAUCGAACCCAAAGCUGUUUCGUCCAACUUCCAGUCUCCUGCCAUGGCGAGACGAGCGCAGGAGUCCUCUGCCCUCUCUAGCUGUGACACCAGUGACACAGAGUCCUGCUCGCUCCCAGUCAACAGCGCAGCUUUGUUCCGUCGGCAGCAAAACAGCCAGAAGCCGCUGACGGUGCGAGGACACGUCCUCCGGAAGGCCAAGGAGUGGGAGCAGAAGAGCGGCACAUAACCCCCCAUGCAGGGCCUCCCUCAGCUGGACUUUCUCUCUGUUUCUGCUGCAGAUGUUGUGUAUAUAUUUAUUUAAAGUCUGUCAGAACCAUCAGUGUGCUGACCAGGACCAAAGCAAAGCAUAAAGGUGUCCAAACCAUCGGCUUUAAAA